AUGUUUAUCCACUCCCUGAGAUUCCACAAUCCUCCAAACUUUGAUAUGACUAUGGCCAUGCCACAGGGCUCUGCAUCUCCCCAUCCAUCAGAAGAUAUUGAAGUUCUGAUGAAGAUGGAAGGAUUGGAUGAGGAGUAUCAUGAUCGCUCGGCGCUUGUGAUGAAAGGCGAAUGGCUCACAAGGAUGCAGAUCGGCGAGGUUGAAGGGCCUUGGAGAGAAUUUAGCCAAAACUUUCUGAACUCGAAACAAGCAAUCAAUCAUCCAGUUGCUCAAUUUCAUGAAACUCCCAUUUCAGCAAUCACCGAGACACACAUUGAACAAUCAAACCCUAGUGUCCCUGCUUGUGGUGUUCACUAUUCUGGUUCUCCACGGACAAAUGACUUCAGGGUUCACACGGAAGUAUUAGGUGGCCAGACGGAAAACCGAGAACUCCUUGACAAUAUUCUCCCCUCGGUUUAUUCGCAAAGCAUGUUUAUACCGGAGGUUCACGGUGGGAUCCUGUCACAAGGGGCAUUUUGCCCACAGCCUGCUAAUACGCAAAUCAUGGGAAUUGAAGAAUCUGCACCCAUUUACGUUGAUUUCACUCAAGACGAGAAAACUCUUACGUCGAUACCUAGGCCAGAUUGGCCCCAAGAUUUUCAGUCAAGGCAGAUUGGUCUUCCAGCAAGCGAGGUCGAUGAGAAGCCGUCUUUCUCCCAAUUUCCCCCCAACUUCAAUCGACUACAGAGCAAUAUGACCUCUGAUAAUCCGAUCGGAUCCACUUCUACCAGGGAUUCAAGUAUGGGGCUUCAUCAUCUCCGUCCUAAUUUUGAUCGACCCAGCAGAGAAGAAAUCGUCAAUUCAAAUUCACACUCCCACUACCUGCUGCCUUGGACAGAUAGUCACCGCGGUGAAAACCUCCAGGAGUUAGAACACCCAAAUGAUUAUCAAUCACUUGGCCAGCCACAUUUUGAUCAAAUCAACAACACUAGUGUUACGCGAACUACAUCUUUGAGCCAACCCGAACCUCCAAGCAUGCCUUAUGCCAGAUCUCCAUCCAAUGAAACCCUGGCGUUAAUUAAGCUCCCAUACUCAAAAUUGAUUUUCAAUGCCCUCUCGAAUGCCAAGGGCCAUCGACUAUGCCUCAGCGACAUUUACGCUUGGUUUAAAAAUAAUACAAACAGGCCUCAAGGGAAUUGGGAUGGGUGGAAAAAUAGUAUCCGCCAUAAUCUCUCGGUGAAUGAGGCAUUCACAUCAAGACGAAUGCCGGACCAAAACGGCGAAUUGGUCUGGUAUUGGUGCCUGACUGACAAGGCGAUUCGAAGAGGAACAGUUGACCCUACUUGUUGGCAUCGGAAGGAUAAUGGCUAUAAAACAAAGAAGCGAAAGUGA